GUUAUGCGUUGAGAGUCUCGUCUAAUUAAAUUGCAUUUAAAUUGCUUUAUGAUAAGGUGAACAAUUAAAGGCCAAAGAACAAUAUUUACACUCUUUAAUUGUUAGCUUUCAUUUUGUUUCCAUUUUACAAUUAGCAUGCAACAAGUAACACAUGGCUUGAACCACAGCAAGACAUUUGAGGUUAUCUAAUUAGUUAUUCGAGAUCAUGAGCUAUCUGUUGAUGAUUAAUUGUUAUUUGUUAGCAAAAUAUGAGACUCUUAAUUUGUUCGGAUCAUUACAUGUUAAUUGGAAACAAUUAUACAGACAAAUCCCUUACGAGAGUCACAUUUAAGUCUUUCACUUCUGUCCAAACAUAAAACAAAAUGUAAGCCUUAAUGACUGAUGUUAACCAUUUUAAUGAACUGAUUAUCUAACGAUUAGACAUUUCAUUCGCCAUUAAUAUUAUUGAUUUUAUUCCCUUCAAAGAUCAAUCCUUUGAUUUAAAUGUCUUCUCAUCAAGUCACUUGAAUACGUAAUUAAUUCAAUUGGUAAAAAACCUACAAAAGCCCAAAAAACGCAUGAACAUUGAACCAGGAACAAAAGUGAAUCAUUAGAAAGUGUAAUCAAAUUAAUUGGAAUCAAAUCAAGUUUUUCACAAAACUAUGAUUGAUAUCAAAUAGGUUGAUGAAGUAAUUAAUUUUUGUGCCUUUAUCCUGAGCUUUGAGUCUAUUGAAUCCUGAACAAAACACAAAGCGUAAAGUUUAACAAUGACAUUGUGUAGGAAAGGCAAUUCGUGUUUUUUACUCUCUUUCUUACUUGUAAUUGUUAUUUCCAUACCAUUAAUCAAUGGACAAUUUUUCACCAAAACAUCUAAAUCUAUCCCUCGAAUGGGUCGACGAUCGGAGCCACUCUCGAAGAUUGAUUUUCAGGCUUCAAUACUUCAAGCCAUUUAUGGUCAAUCUGAAGCAACCAUAGGAAGUGAUGGUUUGAUUAAAGAUGACCAAGAAAUGAACCUUAACAAUCCAGAUAACCAGUUCAAAGACGAAGACGAAAGUAUGUUCAAAGAGCUUCAAGAUGAUAAAGAAGAACCUGAAUAUACAAGUGUUGUGAUAAAAAAUUUGAAGAAAGUACUUCGAGCUUAUGCCAGGAAUCACCGGAAUGAUGGUUUAAACUCAAUUAAUUGAUGAUUGGCUUCUUGCUGCCAAUGACAAUAACAAUUACCAUUCAACAAUAUACAUAACUAAUUAUGGUCGCAGACUUGAUACCGAGUUGAAAGCUGAAAAUUAUACGUCAAUGAUUUGAUUUUGGGUAAUGAGAGUUAGUUUAUGAUUAAAACUAAUAUUAAAUGAUUCGAAACAAUUUAAAGUUCCGUAAAAAUAAUUUCAUUUUUUGUGUGUUUCUUUUAACAAUCAUUUUUGUUCAUCAUCACAUCCAUUAUAAUGAUUGUGGAAGGUAAGGGAAAAGCAGAACAAAACAAAAAAGUAUCAAAUUGAGUUAUAUGAUUAAAGUUGGAGUCAACACCAAGAAGUAAUCAUCCAUUCAACAAUUAUCAUUAAAUAUCAUUAUCAAUAUGUUGUCGUUAUCAUAAUUAUUAACAGGACUUUUCUCUUCUGUUUUUACGCAAAUCUUUACACAUUAGUUUCAUUACAAUAAAUGGUUUUGAUUUCAACAACAAAAAUUG